AUGGGGGUCGAGGAUUGGGAAAACAAAUACAAACGGUUGAGCAAGCCUCAGCUGAGAGACUUCUUAGAUGAUGAGGAAGACAGUGUUAUCUUUCGAAUGGGAAGACCCUACCCCGAGCCAUCGGCCACACCUAUCCGUCAAAAUACGAAACGUAGUGGUUUUCUGCCUGCCCCCUACCCCGAGGGCUAUGACACUAUCGAUCGACGGCGAAAGAAAAAGAUUACGGACCCAGGAGUGUUCCUCAGCACAGAGGCAGACAAGUACAGAGAAGAGACUUUUCCCUCUGACCUUGCAGUCCUCCGUGAAAAGAGAGGAGAGCUGUUUAUGCGGCAGGUAGCAGAGAUGCAGGAAGAGGAGGAACGCAUGACAUCGUGCCUCAGGCCAUACAAGAACGGGCUUCUCUACAAGACGAGGAUGUGGGCUAAAACCGAGCUGGACAACACUUUGGAGAAUUAUGUGGCAUACAAAAAAGAGCAAGAUGCUAGAAUGAGGGCACGCUUUGAUUUUGAAUUUGAGAGUUCCCAGGAUCUGCACUAUCCCACAGAAGCAGAGGAGGACAUCGAUGGCAUUGCCUUUAUGGGCGAGGACUUUCACUCAGAGAACACAACGCAUUACAAAGACAGAUAUUCGUUCUCUUAUGAGGGCCACGUAGACAAUUCUCAGGGCCUUCGGGAGAAAAAGAGUGCAAAGUCUAAAACUGGAGGUUGGGUUUCAGAAGCGAUGCUCUCUCCAGUAGAAGAACCAAGUGAUGAAUAUGUAGAUCCUAUGGAUGAGCUCCAGGUAGCAUUAGAACAGACUCUUUUGGAGAGGACCAAAAUACAACAUCAAAGGAUCCUAGAGGAGAGUCCCAAUCACACACUCCUUCUGAUCAGGGGACCCCCUCCUGUGGCAGUUUAUCCAGUGUUUAGAACCACAGAGGAGCCCCAGUUAGACAAACCAGUGGUGGACCCAUCAUUGACUGCCCCGACCCCUGGAGGGUCGAUACUAGGUGGGAUGUUUGGAGGAGGAGCCACACCCAAGCCUGCAGGUCCCCAAAGUGGUGGAUCAUUAUUGGGUGGGGUGUUUGGAGGAGCUGGAGGAACACCACAGCCUGGGGGUUCUUUACUUGGAGGAAUGUUUGGAGGAGCCCCUGCAGGAUCACAGACUGGAUCAUCAAUACUUGGAGGCAUAGGCGGGUCUUUAUUUGGGGGUAUGGGACAACCACCUAGGCCAUCUGAUUCAGUGCCAGCUCAGCCCAAAUCAGCAUCAGGUACUCCUUCACAGUCACAGAUUAGGAAUGAGAAAGUGUCACCAAAAGUACCUCCAUCACGCUGUGGAACCAACAAAACCGGGGACUCAAAGCUACCAGAGAACCAACAAAAGUUCUAA